AUGUUCUUCCAUCCAUUCUUCCUCUUCGUCUUUUUAACUUUUACACAAAACAUCUGUUUCCAGCUGGCAGCUCUGGAGUUGAUCGAACUGUCUCUAGACGAGGAUACCGACCUCGGAGAGUGCCCUGGAUGCAAUCAAGCUGUUGAGAUCAAUCAAUCCAACGAGUAUGGCUGCGUUCAUUGCAAAUGUGGAGUGGUUUGGUGUUCAGAAUGCAAGAAAGAACCGCACUGGCCGAUGUCGUGUGAUACCGCUUCCGAAUGGGCAAAGCGUUGGCUUCAACAAGGUUUCAAUUCAGAUGCUUUAAGAAAAUUAGUGUUGACACCCAUGAUCUCGAUCGAUCUCAGCGUCUUAGAGAAGUCACUUGCAGAUGCCGUGGCCCUCCUAUUCUGGUUCGAUUAA